UGGCUCCUUGAACGCGUCCUGACGUUGAUUGACAGAUGGCGGUGUCAGGUUACUGCGGGGGGCGGGGUUUUGUGUUGCUCAACAUGGCUGCGCCCUGCACGGAUCAACAGGUCUGAAGGUGUUCACCAUGUCCAGGGAGCAGGUGAGUAUCAGUGAGCUCUUGCUCUCAUUGGACAGCUCAGAGCUGCAGGAGGCGGAGCAAGUCAGAGCAGCAGUCAACCAGCAGCUGAGUACAGACAGAGGAGGUGCUGUCCUCUCCUCUCUGGUGGAGUAUUACCUGGACUCGUCGUCCUCUCAGGUGGUGCUCCUCCUGUCCUCCAUCAGAGAGCCUCAUCACAAGCCCCUGUUGGAGAAGCUGAAUGAAUCUCUGAACAGACCUGGGUCCAGACUGGCUGCUCUCACUCUGCUGGGUCACCUGAUCCGAAAACAGCCUCCAUGGGUUCAUCACAUCAGCCGCUCGGCCCUGCUGCCGUCGCUGCUGCGCUGCCUCAAGACGGACAGUGACGUGGUGGUCCUGAUUACCGCAGUCCUGAUCCUCAUCACUCUGUUACCCAUGAUCCCUCAGGCCGGGAAACAACACAUCUACGACUUCUUUGACGUGUUUGGACGUCUCGCGUCCUGGAGCUACAGAAACCCCGGUCACGUACCUGUGGUCCACCUGGUCCACCUCCAUGCAGGUGUGUACUCUCUGUUCCACCGUCUGUAUGGGAUGUUCCCCUGUAACUUCAUCUCCUACCUGAGACUCCACUACAGCAUGAAGGAGAACCUGGACACCUUCCAGGAGAUCAUCAAGCCGAUGCUGGAACACGUCCGGGUUCACCCUGAGCUCGUCACAGGGACUCAGGACUAUGAACUGGACCCGUCCAGGUGGAGGUGUUAUGAAGUCCACGACAUCGUCAUCGAGUGCUCCCGAGUGUCUCUGGACCCUCUGGAGUCUUCCUGUGAGGAGGACGUUUACUCCUCCUCCUCCUCACCCAGACCUCCCCCGCUGCCCUCCCCCCUCCCUCUCCUGGACCUCAGUCCCAGUCCUCACAGCUCAGAGACGCUCAGCAGCUCAGGAAGUUCAGUGUGUCCGCUGCCGUCCGGACGCCCGACUCUGCCUCAGCUGAUAUUCAACACUUCCUGCUCUCAGGUUGAUGAUGUCACAUGGAGCCCCUCAUCUCAGUGUGGUCUGUCCACGCCCCCACCUGAACCUGCUGCUACAGGCUCCGCCCACCCACUGCGCAGGACCACCUCCCUCUCAGGUGUGAAAUGUCCCUCCUCAGCCUCUGUCCCUGUGACUCCACUGACUGAGGAGAACCAGGAUGGAGGACCGGCUCCUGUCAUCAGCAGCCAGGUGAAGCAGCAGCCAAUCACAGAGAAGGAGGAGAGAGGUCAGAGUGAUGUCAUCAACAACAGCAGCAGUGGAGAGGUCGGAUCAGAGGAGUCCCAGCACCCCCCCCCCUCCUCCUCUCAGCCCGCCCUCCUCACCUCCACCCCCGGCCGUGACGACUCGUCCUCAGCUUCACCUCUCCCUCCUCCUCCUCCUCCCUCCUCCAUCUCGCUCUGCUUCACCCCCACCCACAGAUCAGGGGAGGGAGGCCCCUCCCUCUCUGAGCAGAGUCCGGCCCCCCCCUACGAGCCCCUGUUUGAGCUGGCUCUGCCUCGGGCCGCCACGGUCUUCAUCGGGAGGAAGACUCAGGAGGUGCUGGAGAGAGCAGCGGGGCAGCAGGAGAAGGAGGCAGGAGGAGGAGUGGAGGGGGAGGACGGGGAGGACGAUCACACCUCUGUCUCCCCUCUGGAGGUUUUGGACCAGCUGAUCGUCCACGGACACGACGCCCACGAACGCCUCAGCAGGAGGUUGUCAGCAGUGAAUAAGUCGGUGGAUCGGAGUCAUUUUGGAGGUAAACAGCAGAGCAUGAAAACCAAAGGCCCGGUCCUGGGGGAGGAGCUUCAGUCUCUGAGGAGUCAGCUGCUGCUGAUCCACAGUCAGCUUCAGUACGAACGUUUCAAACGGCAGCAGCACGCCGUCAGAAACCGCCGCCUGCUGCGGAGGGUCAUCAAUGCCACGGCGCUGGAGGAGCACAGCGUCGCCAUGAGGGCUCAGCUGGGUGUACAGGACGAGGAGAUCCGGUCUCUGAAGUUGAGUCUGGAGGAAGAACAAAGACGAUACACACAGCUGCAGCAGGACACACACACACACACCGACCAGCUGCACACACACAUCCAACAACUGAUGCUGCAACAGCAGGACGAGCAGAGAGACAACCAGAGGCUGCAGAGCGAGCUUCAGGAGUGUCACAGCAGGCUGAGAGAUCUGGAGGCGGAGCUUCAGAAAGCCAAUAACAAGGCUUACAACGCUGAACACCAGCUGACCCAGCUGUCACUCAAGCUGUGCAGCAGUGAGCAGCUGCAGCAGCAGAUCUACCUGCUGAACCAGCAGCUCGUCCUCCUCCGAGAGACCAACAGAGCUCUGAGUGAACAGCUGGAGGGAGGAGAGACACACACCUGGACUGAGGUGUCCAUGCUGCAGUGCAGUGUGGGUAAGGAGUACCAGCGUCUGAAGGACAGCGAGGUCCAGCAGAGACAGAAGCUGGAGGCAGCCAAUCACAGGAUCACUGAGCUGGAGAACCAGCUGGCUAAGAAAGACCAGCUGAUCCUGGACCAGAAGAAAGUGCUGGAGGACACCAAGGCCCAGAGCAGAGCUGAACUGUCGGCCUGCGAGAGUCGCUGCGUCGCUCUGAGGAGAGUCGCCCAGAGUCUCCAGACCGAGAUGCUUCACCUGUACAGCCUGAUCCACCUGGACACACACAGCCGGCCUCAGGACGUCUGCAGCAGGCCAAACGGCGGCGGCGUGGCCUCACCUGUCGCUCAGGGCGUCCUCAGGCCCCGCCCCUCCUCCUCUGCUGUAGGUAUAAUAAACGGAGCUGUGGAGGCUCUCUCCACCUCCCCCCUGCACCUCCCCUCCUGCUCCUCCUCCCCCCUCUCCCUGUCCCCCAUCGAGUCCCCCCUGGCCGUCGGCUCGUUCCUCGAGCAGCGAGCGCGGCAGCUGUUCAGACCGACCAGUCACAGCCAGGAGGAGGAGGAGGGGGAGGAGGAGGAGCAGCAGGAGGAGGAGCAGGAGCAGGAGGGGCAGGAGGAGGAGGCCCCACCAGAAAGUCCUCCUCUGGGUCAGGAGGCAGAGGAGGCCACCCUCCUCACAGGGAGCCCUCAGACGGAGACUCCGAUCCAGGCUGCAGCUCCCAGCCGGCCUGCCUCUAAACCUCCAGGUCCUGCUCCCCCCACAGACCUGACCCUCGCCGUUCGACAGAGGAGACACGAGCUGAGCAUCAUGGACUAUGACGAGACGCUGCCAGAGUACUGAGGGAGGACCAGAGAGCGGUCAGAGACCACCACUGACCUAGUCUGGCUUUAUUCACACUUUCAACCUGCUCAUUAAAAACAGUGGAGUGGAAACAGCAGGAAGUCAAACAGGUAUCAGGAAACAGAACAGUGUCUGGUGCUGUGUUCACUGGAUAAACUGAGAGAUUCAGUCGCAGUUUAACGUCAGACAGAGCAGCUUUUAAAUCCACUGAGUAGAAUGAACAGAAUUUAUUUGCUGUAAAUGGCAGUCUGACUGUAAAUUAAAAAACUGAAGCUACAGUCGACAGAAGAAUACGAAUGAGAAAAUUAAUGAUAAAUGUUUCAACAACUGGAGCAAGUUGUGCUAAAAUUAGCUUAUAUGCUAAAACAUUUUAGCUAAACAUUUCUGAAACAGUUAAUUGAAGUUAUUUUAACAAAAACAUUAACUAAUGUUAGCUACUUUUACAGAGAUAAUAAUUAAAAAAAUAGCUCAUGUUCAAUCUGAUGUGAUUCAAGAAUUAAUCUAAUCUUUAACUUGUGCCAAGAUGUAAAACAAGAUAAAACAUGACAUCAAACAUCAAGUCUUAAAAACCAAACAGCAUCAGCAGCAGCUAAAUACAACAAAUCAAAUUAACAACUUAAGUAAAUUGUCAUUGGUAACGUGACAUUUUACUCCAUAAAGGAGCUGCUCUCUGAUCUCUAAAAGCCUCCUGUGUUUUUACCAACUUGAUAUUUCUGGCUACAAUACAGCCAACAUUAACAUGCUAACAUUAGCCCUCAGCACUCAGAUAUACCUGUUCCAGAAUAACAGUUAAAAGAAAUUACAUUUUUAUGCGUCCCUCAGGUUUGUGCAGAAAAUAUUGAGUUUACAAAUGGGGCUAAGCUAACUUUAGCUUGUUAGGAAAGGAAAAUUUGGGAAUUAGAUUGAAAAUAUUUUGCACAUGAAUAAAAGCUUGAUGAAAUAUGUUUUUUAGCUCAUGCUCUGAAUUAGUUGUGCUAUUAUUAAUUGUGACAGCUUACAACUUAUUAAGCCAAAAAAAUUCAAAAUACGAAUGGAAAGAAUUUAGUUUUAAUGAAUUUACAGCAGCUGUGCUAAUGACAUAAAACUACUAUAACAUGAUAACAUGAAACUACUUUGUUCACAACACUAAAUGAAAUCAGAAAUCAAUAACUCUACUUUAAUAAUUAAUCCCAUGACGAUGUUAAAGCUGCAGACACAACAUCUGGCAUAUUAAUAUUAAUUAUGGACUCUAUUCUCUCUAUUCUCGGUCCUUUAUAUUUUAUGCUAACGUGCUGGUUUAUUUGUCCAUAAACCAUCAGUCUCCUCUCUGCACUGUCAGCCUUUUCUGAAGUAUUUUCUGGAGUUGAACCCCAUGUGCCGCUGUUCAUCAUCCCCUACCCUGUGUAUGCAGUGAAACUUUGAACUGAUCAAGAAAGCAGCUUCAGUGUGAUGUUAUAAAGCUUUAAUAGAGGGAAAAAUAAACCAAUAAAACCAGUUUUUACCUUUUAACCCAAGGCAUGGAGGUUAAACACUGGGUUUUGGUGCAUUAGGAAACAGUCAGUGGUGAGAUGUCAGCUUCAGGAACAGGCCUUAGUAUUGUUGUGAGUAAAUGAUGAGCAUGCAUCUAAACUGACCUGAAUGUUCCUUCACUUUGGGAAAAAUAUCUCCUCAGGUUCAUAACUCAGGUGGGAAAACAUGAGCAACUCACAUCUGCAGUUGAUGGUGUAGUGACAGAUGUGUUCAGCCUGGCUCAUUGGAAUAGUUUUAACAUUUAGGGAAAUACAGUUGCAGUUGAACUGCUGCUUCCAGUCUUUAUGCUAAGCUAGGCUAAUUUGGUUCUGGUUCCAGCUCUGCUUUUAUGAUGCGUUUAGGUUAUAUAUUGUGACUUUUUAAAAUAUCCUUCAUGACUCUGAAACUAGGAUGUUUCUGAAAGCUGCGAUCUAUUAGACAUGGGAUUGAAAACCAAACAAACAUGGUGACAUCACAUCAGCCAAAGUCUGUUGUUCAAGGUCAUUAAACUCAAAUGAAAGGAUCUGGUGUCAUAUUGUUAAUGCUAUCAUUACAUAGCUAGCGUUAGGAUUAACAGCUGUUUACUGACCAGUCUAGAAGAAACGUGAGUUCAGCAUCAAACUUCAUUCCUUUACUCACCAACAUCUGUCUCCAGAGGUGGAAAACAACGCCAAUGUUUUGCUCCUAGUUCUAUCACCUUUUUCCUCUACUAGAGUUAGCAUGCUAAACAGCUAGCCUUGGCCUCUCUCAUCACUUUCCGAAAGGGACUCACUGUAGUGUCCGGUCUGUCCUGAAGAAGUAGCUCUGUUCAGGUGCAGUAUUCUGAGCUCUAACCACUCCCAUCAAGACACCAGAAAUGUACGAACAGCUCCUUGAACCUUCACAAAACCAACUGUGAUCCUACAACUAUCCUGAUGACAUUAAUGCAGGCAGGUUCACUGCAGUGACAAACCAAAGACCUCCUCUGAGUCCAGCUGAUUAAACUGAACUAGUAAGACUCAGAAUGAGCCAGGUGAUUUUUUUUUCUCAUUGUUGGGCAGCAACUCAACAUAGCAACAUCUCCACCUCAGCAAUGUUGCUGUGUUCACCUCUGAACCAUGCUGCUCUCAGGAAACAUCUGGAUCUGAGCUGGUUGCGGCAGUUGUGUUGCUCUGUGUUUCACCAGCUGCAAGAGACGAAUGUUAAAACUGUGAACACUAAAAAUAAAGACUUGUACAAUCUGAAA